AUGACGGUGAAACGAAGAAACCACGGACGCAACAAGAAAGGACGAGGCCACGUCCGCUUCGUCCGCUGCACAAACUGCGGCCGCUGCUGCCCGAAGGACAAGGCCAUCCGCAAGACCGUCAUCCGCAACAUUGUCGAAGCGGCGGCCGUCCGCGAUCUUGCCGACGCCUCCGUCUACGAACAAUACACGCUGCCGAAGUUGUACAACAAGAUGCACUACUGCGUCGCGUGUGCCAUCCACGCCAAGGUCGUCCGCAACCGAUCGCGAGAAGCUCGCCGUGACCGCAACCCGCCGCCUCGCUUCGGUGCCCCUCGCGGCGGCCCACAACGACCUGGACAAGCCGAAAAAGCA